AUGACGGUUAUUUUCACACUAGCUUUUUCAUUCAAAAAAAUUCCGUUGGGAAAUUUUUGUGGCUCUUUGUCAUCAUUAAAGGGUUGUCAAUUAGGGAGUAUUGUUAUUAAAGCUGCUUUAGAAAAAGCUAAUAUUAAAGGAGAUGAUGUUUGCGAAAUAAUCAUGGGCCAAGCUCUCGUUGCUGGCCAGGGACAAAAUCCUGCUAGACAAGCAGCAAAAGGAGCUGGAAUUCCUUAUAGUGUGCCUGCAUUUAAUGUCAGCAUGCUUUGUGGAUCUGGACUGAAGGCUAUCAACCUUGGUUAUCAGGUGAUUUCCUGUGGUGAGGCUGAUAUCGUGGUCGCAGGGGGACAAGAAUCGAUGAGUCAAGCUCCUCAUGCUAUUCAUAUGAGAAAUGGAGUUAAAAUGGGAAAUGCAGACUUCACAGAUACCAUGUUACAUGAUGGUUUAAUAUGUGCUUUUCAUAAUAUUCAUAUGGGAAACACAGCCGAAAACAUAGUCAGCAGAUAUUCGAUUACUAGAGAAGAACAAGAUAAAUUUGCAGUAGAAUCUCAAAAAAAAACUUUUGAAGCUCAAAAUAAAAAAUUAUUUAAUAAUGAAAUAGUGCCAGUAACUUAUACUGUGAAAAAUAAAAGUUUUACUUUAGAACAUGAUGAAUUUCCAAAAUCAAACAUGACAUUAGAAUUACUUUCACAAUUUAAACCAGCUUUCCUUAAAAAUGAAGGUUCAGUAACUGCUGGAAAUUCUUCAGGAAUCAAUGAUGGAGCUGCAGCAGUAGUUUUAGUAUCUGAAAAACAAUUAAAAGAAAAAAAUCUUAAACCGUUAGCAAAAAUUAUCGGAUUUGCUCAAGCUGGGAUUGAGCCUAGCGUUAUGGGACUUGGACCUGUACCUGCUGUUAAAAAUCUGUUAAAAAAAGUCGGAUGGAAUUUAGAUGAAGUCGAUUUAUUCGAACUUAACGAAGCUUUCGCUGCUCAAUCGAUAGCAGUAAAUAGAGAUUUAAAAGUUGAUGAAAACAAAGUUAAUGUUAAUGGAGGUGCCAUCGCACUGGGACAUCCCAUAGGUGCUUCAGGAUGUAGAAUUGUAGUCACAUUGAUUCAUGCAUUAGAACAAAGAAAUAAAAAAAAAGGAAUUGCUUCUCUUUGUAUCGGUGGAGGAAUGGAAGAUUUGUUUUAUCAACAUUUCAUAUGA